AUGAAAUCACCUUCAAUAGUUAUAAUUGUUGCUGCCUUAUUACCAGAACUUGGAAUUGGAUUUAAGGGAACUCUUCCUUGGAAACUUAGACAAGAAAUGAAAUAUUUUCGUACAGUCACGUCUCUUACUCAAUCAGCUACAAAUCAAAAUGCUGUUAUAAUGGGAAGAAAGACUUGGGAAUCUAUCCCUUCCAAGUUUAGACCUCUUCCAAACCGUUUAAAUGUAAUACUUUCACGCUCACAUACCAAGGAUGAAAUAGCUGACACUGAAAAUACCAUACUUGCAAGUUCACUUGAUGAAGCUCUCUUGAAAUUACAAGAUCAGAAUAUUGAUAAAAUCUAUAUUAUCGGGGGAGCUGAAUUAUAUAAUAGUAUACUAAAUGAUCAAAGAUUAACUCAUGUUCUUCUUACCGAAAUUAGUGCAUUGAAUGACUUACCUCCAAUGGAUAGAUUUUUCAAAUUUGAUACCACUGGGAAGACUUGGGAAAGAAAUUCAACUCAAGAUCUUCUUGAAUUUGUUGGAGAUAAGGAAAAUACCAAGUUACAAUUGUCUGAUACUCCUAUUGAAGAAAAUGAUUAUAGUUACAGAUACACCUUAUGGACAAGGAAAUAA